UCUUAUCCCUAAACUAAUCUAAUUCUAAAACAAUACGAUAUAAUAGGACACCCGUUAUUUCUUUUCUCAUUUCACUACAGUACGAGUCAUGACGCCAUGACACUAUAAAUUAUACUAAUUUCUAGCAUUAUUCGCAAUGUGGAAAUUUAUUUGGCUAUUGUACAUUUAGUGUUUCUUGUAUAUCAAAAUACUAAAAGCAUUGUGAUAAUUAUUAAUACAUAUAAAUAUUUAUAAUUCAUUUAAAAUUUAUUGAAACAAUGAUAUCUUUCAAAAUAUUAACAAGUUGAUAUAAAAUAUUUAUAAAGUUACUAUAAUUACUAUACUAAAAAUUUUAGUGAAAAAUAUAAUAAUAUAAAUCAUGGAUAAUUGUACUAUAACAAAACUUCCUCAUCAUAUACAACAAAAAUUGUGUAAUACACGACCUCCUUAUAGGCAGGGAAAAAAAUUAACAUCUGUGAAGGUAGCAUUGUGAACUUCUCUAUGUAACAGGUUUAUACAAUAAAUGAUGAAUCAAAACAUUUAAUGAUAUGUGGAGUACCAAAACUCCAAUUAGGUGAAGAAAUAAAAAAACUUGUUGAAUCUUAUGGUAAUAUAAAAAAAAUUCACAUAGUUCAUGAUUAUCCCACAGAAGAGUUUACAGAAGCAUAUUAUAUACAAUAUGUUCAUAUACAAAGUGCAAGAAUAGCAAAACGAUUCAUUGAUGAUAAAAAUUUUUAUGGAGGUUCAUUACAUGUUUUUUAUGUACCUGAACUUGAAAGUAUCUCAGAAACUAAAGAAAAACUUCUUCAACGUCAAAAAGAUGUAAAUAUACGUAUUAAAAAAAAUCAACAAGAUCUAAAGAAUCCAAAUAUCAAUAAAUUUAUUCCUAAAGAACAAUAUAAUAGAAGAAAGAGAACACCUGCUUUACCGCUUACAAAAGAGCGUCUUAUUCAACAGUAUCCUGGAAAAACUUUAUCAUCUAUUUACGAUGGUAUACCACAAAAUCUAGAUCCAAGAUUAGUAUGUCAAUCCAAUCUACCAUCUACUUCAUUUGAAUAUUCAAAUAAUGCAUCUAUAUUAAAAGUUCCUUAUCAUUCAACUGAAGCUAUUAUUAAGACAAGUGUACCUAAAGAAACUAUAUUAAAAUCAAAUUAUACUAAAAACAAAAGAAAAAAUUAUAAAGGACAAUAUAUUAAUAAUAAUGUAAAAGUUAGACUUGUUAAACCACAACUUGUAGAUACAAGUACUAUAGUAAAGUGGGAUAUUUCAAAUAAAAAUAUAUUUUCUAAUCCAAAAAAAAUUGAUAGUAAUAUAACUAUUAAAUUAAUACCAAAAAAUGAUGUUGAGAAAAAAAGGAUUAUAAUAAAAGAUCCAAGUGUAUCCCAGUUGGUACAACCAAGUGAAAAUCUGCAAUUGUCAAUUAAAGAAGCUAAAUCGCAAAUACGAGCGGCCAUGCAAAUGAAUAAUAAGGAAAAUCCAUGAUUUUUUAUUACAUUAAAAUAUGUAAUAGAGAAAAAAAUUCUUUUUUAAGAAAAUUAUUUAUUUUAUAUUAAAUAAAUACAUUAUUGCAAUUAAUUUUUUACAUUUAUGUUUACAAUUAAUUUUUACAAUUAUUUAAAUUUUUAUAUAAAAAUAAUUCUAUAAAAGAUAUAAACUAUGUCUAAACUUUUCUUAUAAAAAUUAAUAAUCUUAAAUAAUAACAGUUGAAUCUGGAUCCCAUUGUACACCAUUUAAUUUAGAUUUUACAAAAUAUUUUUUAUGCGGUGAUGUAUUUUCUUUUAAUAUUUUUGAGACAACAUUUCUAUUCUUAAACACCUGUUGUGGUGACUUUGUUAACAGUGUUUGUAUUUGUUCAUUAUUUGAACGAUUUCCAAGAGGAGUUCGAAUCUGAAAAUAAAAAUAUGCAUAUAA